GUCUUUAGAUUUCCUUGGCUCAGUUCUCACAGUAGCUCUGCAACUCGGAACAGCAACUGCUGAGACCACUGGAGAAGAAGAUGAUUCUAAAGAAAGCUCUAGCCGUCGGGAUCUUGGCUCUGACCACCAGCAUGAGCCUUUGUGGAGGUCAGGACAUCAAGGCUGACCACGUUGCCUCCUACGGCAUAAAUGUCUACCAGUCCUGUGGUUCCUCUGGCUACUACACCCAUGAAUUCGAUGGAGAUGAGCAAUUCUAUGUGGACCUGGAGAAGAGAGAGACUGUCUUUUGGUUGCCUGCGCUUAAGAAAGUUGCAGGUUUUGACCCACAAGGUGCACUGAAUAACAUCGCCAUAGCAAAGAACAACUUGAACAUCCUCACUAAAGAGACCAACUCUACAGCUGCUACCAAUGAGGUUCCUGAGGUGACGGUGUUUCCCAAGUCUCCGGUGGUGCUGGGUGAGCCCAACAUCCUCAUCUGUGCUGUGGACAACAUCUUCCCUCCUGUGAUCAACAUCACAUGGUUGAUCAAUGGACGUUUGGUAACAGAAGGCAUUUCUGAGACCAGCUUCCUGUCCAAGAGUGAUCACUCCUUUCUCAAGAUCACGUACCUCACCUUCCUUCCUUCUGCGGAUGACGUUUACGACUGCAGAGUGGAGCACUGGGGCCUGGACAAGCCUCUUCUCAAACACUGGGAACCUGAUGUUCCAGCCCCAAUGUCAGAAGUGACGGAGACCGUGGUCUGUGCCCUGGGCCUGUCCGUGGGCCUCGUGGGCAUCAUAGUAGGCACCAUCUUCAUCAUCCAGGGCCUGCGCUCAGGUGGUGCCUCCCGACACCCUGGGCCCUUGUGAAACACACCUGGAAGGGAAGACACAUCGUCCAGCUACAAGAGCAGAAGCCUGGUAGUACUAGAGCACCCAGCACUAUAUCCUGGUCCAGUUCAUCGUGCUCUUUCUCUCAUCUAAAUAUUCCUCUUCAUAUCUUGUUUCUUGGAUUAAAAUAUUGUAUCCCUAGUGUUCUCAUGCCUUUGAAUGCUCUCCCUAAUAUUUUUUUGUUUUUCUCAUUUCUCAAAUAUUACCAAUUGUGGGAUCUGUAGGAUAGUACACCCGAGUAUCUAAUCCCUCAGUGACCUCUUAUAGUGCUCUGUGGAGGUAAUAAAUCUCCUUUUAUAAAUUGCCUAGUGAAGUUUUCUAUCAUUCAUCUCAGGCUCACUAGGACCAUGGCAACAAUGAAAGCCUCUUGUAUUUCAGGCCCAUUUUUUAAAUUUACUUUUAUUAAUAGAUAUUUGACAUACAAAAUGAUCACAUUCAUCAUCAUAGGGAAUUUGUACCUGUGUAUAAUGUUUUGAUUCUUUCUCUCCCAUUCCCUUCCCCUCCUUUCAACUCUUCAGGCCCAUUUAACUUCUUCAGAUUGGGUCCCAUGCCUUAUAAUACAGGAGCAACCGAAUGUAGCCUAAUAAUACGUUGAUAUUUUAGGCAAGGUUGAUACUUCUUUCUUUCAGUUUUUCCCACCCUUGGUCACUGCUACCCAGUCAUCUACUCACCCCCUAAUUAAGGUAUCAAUGUAGGCUUGUUACAGCAGGUAUAUAAGAACAAAACCAAAAAAGCUAAUUCUACUUAUUUAAUAUUGCCUUUGAAAGUUAUGUCAGAGAAAGCAAUCCUGAAACUCCAAAGUAGAAAAUGUCAAAAUUUUGAUGUCAAAAUCAUCAACAAAAAUUAAAAUUUUAAAAAAAUAAAUGAGUAGAAGUUUUCCACUUUCCUCCUCAUUCAAGAAGUAGGAGUUCUGGGUGCAUAAAAAGAAGUGAAGGUCAGGAGAGCAUUAGAAUAAAACAUAAUGCAGGUAUCUGCACAGAGCCAAAUAGUUUUCCCUAUUCUGCAUUAGUAACAACAGAACAAAGAAUAAUAAACCACAGACAUAGUCAGGGGUCUAAAACAAAUAUGUAGUUUGUCUCCCUGCAGGAAGCCCCAUAACUAAACGCAGAUUUCCUUGUGCCACCAUUGGAGACAGUGCAGUGAAUACGGCUACAGGAUGUCUCCGGGCAGAUGAGCCUAAAUCACUGAGUUCCCUGAGCAUUCCUGUGUUUCUUGGGAGCAACAAAACACCCCAGUGCCCCUUCCUAGCCAAAGAAAGCAUGAGCCUGUGAAAGAGAAACCCUGCGAUGGACAACACGAUGGAGAUAAUGUAGCAGCAACUGUGGAUGCCAUGUUUUCACUGAACUCUUCUGUCUCCUAAUGGAAACCCUCCCAGAGCAAGGCUAUGGGAUUUCAUGACUCUGCUGCGUGUGACCACACCUGACUCUUAAAAGAAUGUAUCAUUUGACACAGAGUCAUUUUCCCUCUGAAAUUGUUUUAGGUGCUACUAAGUCUGUGCAUUGCACCUAAGAUGCUAUUAUAGAAUAAUUUGAAAUCUAUAGUUAUUUCUGUUCAUGCCACCUAUCUCUAUGGGCUUGAAGAGUAAUUGAAGGAAAAAAGAUAAAACAUUAACAUGGUAUUUGAUGUGGUAUAAUUUGGUGCAAAAAAAGAGAAAAGAGAACUAAUUCCAAAUUCAAGACUUAACAUAUUUAAUUUUAUAACACUGUGUAUAUUAUCUAACAUACUGAACUUUAUUUUUUGCCUACAGAUUAGAAGUCAUAAUAACUGCAGAGUUAUUAUCAAAAUUGGAAUAACCUCAAUAUGUAGACAGUGUCUUUGCCAUUAAAACAAUCUAUUAUAUCAUAUGAAAUCAUUUGUUUCUCAGAUAUGGGGCUAUGGGUAAAUUUAUUUUCAUGUAAUAAUUGUAGACAUGUUCCCCCUUUCCAGAGUUAAAGAGGAUUAAAUUGGAUUAAGCUCAAAAAUAGAGAUGAGUGAUCCUUAAGAUAUUACUGGUGAAGAGAUUGCUAAGAGAAUUCUUAUGUCAAGAAGAUGUACUAUUUGACCUUUUCAAACUCUCUAAUAAAAAAUGUGCUUUUCUAAUG